AUGGCUGAACGGUCCGCUAAGACGCAAGUUCCCGGAAUUGACGACACCGGAAGAUCACUGGCACAACCGCCUGGGUUAUAUCCGGAGCUCGAUCGAUAUCGCGACUUUCAGCAGCAGCCAGAAUAUUCUUUCAAAAGACCUGAAAUCGAUGUUCAUUAUCAAUUGACAACGCAUGAGCCACCGCCGACGCCCUUGUCGCAGUUAUUCUCCGGUGGUAGUAGUCAGAUUAGCGCCGUUAGCGGAAGCCCCUCGACCAAGUUGUCGGAUUCGCCAGGUCCUGGUCCUUAUAGUCGAGAUACCACGCCAACUUCAAUUUCCUCUCAGUCACCAGUCUUCGUUGCCCCGAGCCGAGUAGGAAUCACGCAUAGAAAUGGCCGACAGCACAGUGUAUUAGCGACUAGACCUCCUGUAAGCAGAAGGCGUGCCGGAAGCUUUCCCGACGAAGCGUCCAUCGACCCUCAUGGGCUAGCAUCUGUCAGAGAAUCCCUCACCUCAUCUUCCUCUAACUCUACUGUGAAAGAAGGAGAUAGAGCUACGAGAAAGGAGAAGGCAAAGGCCAGGCAUUUAUCGCCGCCACCACCUAGCCCACCACCUAGGAAAUCUUCGCAGAAGUUUGCCAAGUCGAAGGAACGGAAUGAAAUUCUCAGGUUAACCAAACACAAGAUCCCAGAAUCGGGAGACAUUGCAAUCAAAAAGAAGCCGCAUAGUCCCACAUACUCCGAUGCUUCAUCCCCGAUAGAGAUGGGUCCUCCGGCACGACCAAGUCGCCAUAAUACUCCCGACAUGAAAUCACAGCUGUGCAGACCCAUCCCUGUGAUACAAAGUAAUUUAGUGUCGACCAUGCGGACUCCGGAGGGCCGCGGCAGUGGUGCCUCGGGAACUACUUCUCUUCCAGGAACUACGAUGCCUAUUGCACAAAACGGCCGACAUAUAUCGUCAUCAACUGUCUCCCCAGGGCAUGAAGGCCUUUCAAAAUCGUUAAAAUCUCGACCGAGCUUUGACAAAUUGAAGGGGCAAGUCACGGAGCCCGGUCUGUCCCCUCAAACUACGCAGUCCAGGUUUAGGUCGACCUCCAGAAGCAGAUUCCCAUUUUUCGGAAGGAAAAAGGCUACUUUCGACAUCCCGAAAAAAGAAGACAGGCCCAACAAGAAAGAAGGCAGUCGAAAAGGCCCGGCAGCAGGAACAGGGCACGAGGGUUAUGGUCGUGUUGGUGCUAUCCGACGACGCAGUGGGAGUGGCUCUGUUUUGCCACAUGGCGUUACCGACCCCGUGUCGUCGUACGAUAGCCUGGCGAGUUCAGAUUCAUUCUUGACUGAUCGAAUGAAUCCCGUCAUCAUUUCUGGUGGCGAAGUCGUCCAAAACAGUAAUGCCAGCGCAGAGCUGUCUCGCUCGGAGACCAAUCACAGCCUGCCAGGUCGUCGUAGCAUAGAUUCGAAGAUGUCUUCUGAAGGGUCAUUUACCUCCUACAACGAAUCUAGGACGGAGCUCCGCCCGUCCGCUCUGCCCCGGCUUCGAACUUCUAGCCCUCAUCAGCCAAAUGGUGGCACUUGGUCUGAUGAGCUCGGCAUGGAAUCGACCCUAGCAUUUAGACGAUCUAUGCAGAGACUCCAAUUGUCUCCAGAUGAUCCCUUACGACUACCUCAACUCCUUCAAACUUGUGCCCAUGUAUCUCCAUCGCCACUGACGAGCCUCGAUACUACUCUGUUAUCAGAUGACUCACAGUUGGAAUUGACACAGGGCCUUUCGCAAGAGUCAGCAAGAGUAAAUCCCGUACCCAAAAAGCUCAAGAGAGAGACAAGAGCACCAAGGAUCUGGAAGUUAUUUAGUAGAACACAGAGCCAGUCGAGUACGAAGAAGACCCAAAGCAACGAGAAUAUUGAAGCCACUGUCAGAACUGUGGGCGAACGACCUAUCGCAUUUUACACCAUGUUGGACAAUGUUGAACCAGAUGAAAGUGGACAUCUGGACAGUCAGGAAGAAUUAAGACAAGCCGAAGUGCAUAAACGAACACCCAUCAUGGAAAGUCAUGACUACCAAGAAUCAGUUGCCCAAUCCUCGAGGCGGCUAGUGGCGGAUUUUCCGAUACAAAAAUACUGGCAAACCUCCUCAGACAGUCAUUCUAUCACGACAAUUGCUUCAUCUGGUGGAGAAAAAACUUCCUCCCAAACGGGCACGCAUCAAAUGAAGAACAACCUCCGACCCAGUCGCCUUCAACGAGUCGGUCGGAUUCCACAAGUCAUCAAACUGGGAACGGAGAAUGCGUCUCCACAAAGCUUUUCGCGUCCCUUUCGAGCCAGUUCACAUCAUCCCACAUGGAGUAGAGCAGAAAUCCAUGAUUCCGAGCUCAUUGCCGUUGGCUCUACUCCACCAAAUCCCCCAAAACCUCUCCCAGAACCAUCUGGGAAAUGGGAGGCCUCGGAGAGCGGGACAAGAUUCUCUCCACACAGCAUCUCGGGCUCUGAUAUAUCAGCAGAGCUCGGUGAAGCUGAUAGGGAGUUUCUGUCUUUGUCUCCGCGCAAGAAUUCAAGCGGUACCAUUAAUACCAGCUCAAGUAGUUCCGGGGCGGCAAGCCCCUUUUUCACGACGGCCACGGCAGUUAUCCCCAAGCCGGAGGAUCCACCAGCCGAAGAUGAAAUAUGGGAUGAAUACGACGAUCUGCUUAGUGAUGAUGGCAUAAAGAGGUCGCGGUCUGCUACGUCAUCCAAAGGUGCACCAUUUCACUUGGAAACCUAUCAACGGAAAUUAGCAAACGGGAUAGAGCUUGAUUCUCCCACUGUUGCUGUUGACAGCCGAAAGACAUCGACUUAUUCAGAAGCACCAACGCAGUCUCCUUGUUAUAGAGCAGGCAUGACGGCACGGAUUCGCUGCGCUUUCCAACCAAAAACCAUUCCUCAAUCUGUAGGCACACAAGGCCACGGUAUCAGCGAAGCGCAACUUGACAAGCCAGCGGACGCUGAAGGGACUGCUGCCCUCAAAAGGAAUAGUUGUUCUUCCUGCCAAACAACGUUCUCCGACUUUAGUUCCUGCUCGUCAAAUGAUGGGUCGCCUUUGGCUCAAGUCAAUCUUCGAGUCGGGUCGAUGACAGUCAGCAAAUGGCUUACAUUUGGCCACGUACUAUUUAGCGACGUCCGACACGAGCUAGUCCAUGUCAAGACUUCAUCCAAGCAGCAUUCUAUCCUAGUCAUUGAUGGACUUGGAAAUGAUGACUGGUCAUUCUAUGCUGCCGAGACGUACCCAGGCGCUUCGUUCUUCAACCUUUCUCCUCGUGCACCGCUUCCAGUCGAACUCGAGGCCUCGUCUGCUGGAUACCCUCUGAGUCCCGCAAACCACCACCAGGUCCAGUAUACGUCUCAUCUGGAAAAGUUCCCAUUUGCAUCGCAAAGCUUUCACGCCGUCGUGUAUCGGUUUCCAAUAGCUGCCUCUGAAGUCCAUUAUCGAAAUGUUUUGAACGAAGCACUGCGGGUUCUUCGCCCCGACGGAUAUAUCGAACUUUCGAUUCUGGAUUCUGACCUCAAUAACAUGGGCAAUCGCGGCCGACGAGCGAUUCGACAGCUGAAGGAAAGAAUCCAUCAGAGCGCCCCUGACACAACCUUUGCGUCUGCUGCCGAUUUGACCGUGCGCUUGCUAGGCAAGGCCGGAUUCUCCCACAUCAAGGCUGCUCGAGUGGGAAUACCUGUAGCCAGUUCAAUCACGCGACCUGGCAGCCACAAGUCAGAGAGUAAACGUGACCCUGAUCAGAGGAAGAAAGGCCAUCUCAGUUUGGCAGAAACGAUGCGUGACAGUAGCCCAUUAGCGGAUGCAAACAUAACGAAGAUUGUCACGCGGGUCGGUCGUUGGUGGUAUACCCGCUGCUAUGAAAACGCCUUCAGCCUCGGUUCUGAGGGCAGCAUUUGGGACGACAAGAUGCUUCUUUCCGAAUGUGAGAAACUAGGUACUAGCCUGAAGCUGAUGGUAUGCUGCGCGAGGGCACCAGAGCGGAGGGUCAACUUCUGA